AUGUUAGAGUGGCAGGCGCCUUCCUGGCCCCACCUCACCAUGGAAAGCAAGCCCAGGGCUCUUGUCCUUGGUGUGAGCGCAUUAGGACCGCAGAGGUUCUGGCAGCUGGUGGAGGGUCCCCUGCUCCUGCUUCUAUUGCUGCCUGCAGCCUUCAACUGUACUGCAGAGACACAAGGCAAGGUCUUAGGGGGCCAGGACGCACCCCCAGGCAGGUGGCCCUGGCAGGUCAGCCUGCAAUACAAUGGCCACCACACCUGCGGUGGCACCAUCCUCAACCAGCACUGGGUGCUCACUGCUGCCCACUGCUUUCCCAGGCAGGCACUCACUGGUGGUGACAUCGCUCUCCUGCAGCUGAGGAACCCUGUGAGAUUCUCCACUUUUGUCCGCCCGGUCAGCCUCCCACCCCCAGCUUUCCAGAUGCAGCUGCAAGGAGAGUGCUGGGUCACAGGCUGGGGUCAGGUGCACUAUAAAGAGAAACCGGUGAUGACCCUCCAGGAGGCCCAAGUGUUCAUCAUGAACAACACCUACUGUGAGCUGUACCUGGGCCUCCCUCACUCCACUCAUAGCACAAUGCUGUGCGCAGCCAACCUCAGGGACAAAGCCAUGGCCUGUAUGGGUGACUCCGGGGGCCCUCUAGUCUGCAAGGUGAAUGGCACCUGGCUGCAGCUUGGGGUAGUGAGCUGUGGCAGGGUGUGCCUACCCACUGUGGCCCCCAACCUGUACACCUGCGUCUCCCACUUCUCUGCCUGGAUUACCAAGAACAUCAGGGCUCCCCAGGCUGCUGGGACCUGGCCCUCGCCCUUGACCUUGCUGUUGCAACUGCUGCUACCACUCCUCACUACCCUGUGA